CUCAGAGAAGACGCGCGAGAGUCGUAUGAGCUUUCUAGGAAGAUCGGUCUACGUCCGCAUCGAUCGGUCUGCCUGAACGAACACCGAAUGUAGAGGACAGAGAUCGGUCGCAUGUUAAAUACUAAGACUAAGUAUGCAGAAGUUUUACCUAGUAUUAGUUCUUGUAGCAGUCGCAGUAGAAUAGGAGUACAACUAAACCCAUUCGAGGGGUACAAAGUCCAAAUGCAGUUAGUGGCAUUCUUCGAGAAGUAUCUUACCGAAUAUUGAUAUUUUUCAAUCGAAGAUACUAGGUCGACCACUAUGAUCGUCUACUCUGAUCUGAUAGAUCAUUGAUAAUCGAUUAUCCCUGUCUGACCAUGUGUGAGUAUCAUGUUUUUGAUAUCG